AUGUCUAUAGCAGCGCCCAUAAUCACAUUCAAGGCGGGAAUCUGCGAUCUCGAUACUUCUGCCAACCCUCCCCAAGUUAAGCCCAAAUCAACUCCAGGUUAUAUUUAUCUCUACUCAGAAGAUGAUCUUAUCCACUUCUGCUGGCGGCCUCGAUCUGCUGCACUUACGGAUCCUGAGCUGGACUUAGUAAUGGUGCCAUCCGACGGUACUUUCACUCCGUACCGUUCUACCCAAGAAAACACUCGGGCGCCCACGAACGGGCGUAUCUAUGUCUUAAAGUUUUCUUCCAGCUCACAGCGAUAUCUUUUCUGGCUACAAUCGAAGAGCCAGAACGAGCGUGAUCUUGCAUAUUUCAGCCCCCGAGACUUGAAAUUAGGAGAGAUUGUGAAUACUCUUUUGCAAGGAGAGGAAGUUGAUGUACAGACGGAAAUUGCCAACCUGCCCUCGAACGAAAGCGGUGGAGAUGAUGGCGAUGACGAUGCCACUAUGGAAGAUGUAGAAGGAUCGCACCACACCAGUGAUCAUCACGGUGGACACGGCAGCGGCGGCGCUGGUUUCGACGCAACGGGCGGCGACAUUCGCGAGGAAGGUGAAGAGUCCCGUGAAGGGGGUGCAGAUGGUGGCCGAGCGGCUUCUGCUGGUCAGACGGACGCAUCCUCGGUGAUCCAAGGUCUUUUAAACUCUCUUCAAGGAGGAAACCAGCACACUCAGUCUCAAAGCGAAGAAUACCUUUACACCACGCUCGCCGACUUGCUGUCGCCUUCAUCAACAAUUCCGAUGAUUGAAUCCGCCGAUGACGACCAAGUCGACAACUUACUGAACUUUCUCCCGCCGGCGCUUCUUCUUUUAGCGCAGAACAUUGAUGACAUACCUGCGUCCGACAUCAAUGCAGAGACGGCGCAGGCGGUUCUUCUAUCUCUCGAUCUGCAGCAGAAGAGAGAUAUCUUACGACGUGUGUUGCGCUCCCCACAGUUCACUCAAAGCUUGGGCAGUCUUACUGUUGCUAUCCGUGACGGCGGCUUGCCUAGUAUCAGCGAGGCACUGAAGGUUCCAGUGGAAAAUGGAGGGUUUGUUCGAAGGGGGGGUGUUCCUCUAGGGGGAGGAGUGGCAGUUGAGGCAUUUAUGGAAGGAAUCCGCAAGCAAGUUACGGAAAAGCCUUCUGGCAGUCGCGGAGAUACUAUGGAGACUGAUUAG